AUGGCGCGCCUGCACCUCUCAGCCGCCUUGGCCCUGGCGCUCGCCGCCGCGGCCGGCUCGCUCGCGCCCGCCGCCGCAGCGGGCCGGUGCGCGCAGGUGCCCUGGGUCUCGGGCGUUGACCAGUCGCCGUCCGACCCCCGCAACUACGGCAAGUGCACCAAGGCGCUCGAGCCCCAGGUAAAUGCGAAGUUCUCCCACUGGUGCAAGUUCAACACCCUGGGGACCUGGCCGACGGGGCCCAGCGCGAGGGCCAAGAAGUGCCUGAAGUUCGGCCGCGCGACCAUCUACCGGGGCCCAAUCUAUGGCUCGUCUCCGGGCCACAAGGCUGCCUGCAACAAGUGGCUGCACGGCGAGGACAAGGCGGCGAUGGUGGCGGUGUCCACCAAGUACCUGAAGACCUACCAGGGCGGCUGGGCGAACGACAAGGGCUCGUGCGGCAAGUGCAUGUGCGUGCGGCUGCACGGCGGGGACAACAAGUUCAACACCGGCCUGCAGACUGACGCGCUGUCAAAGCACAUCGGCCUCACCUUCCUCGCCAAGGUUGGCGACCGCUGCGCCGAGUGCGAGGACGACCACAUUGACCUGCUGCAGGACCGGCCCCUGACCUUUGCCCCUUUCAACCCCAAGGGCGGCGACAACUACUGGGCGCCGUACGUGAACGCCAAGGACGGCCUGCGCGGGUUCAACGACCCCAGGUACAUGCGCGGGUCGCAGUACAGCCUCGAGAACGCAGGCGCAUGGACCUCGGAUUGGCAGUGGGUGCCGUGCAGCUGGACGCACCAGCAGUGCGCGAACCUGAUGAAGGGCAUGGGCUAUGGCAACGUCUGGACCCCCAAGCCGACGCCCGGCGUGGACAGCUUCAGCCUGCGCCCCAUCAGCCAGCUGCGCACCCGCGACAACGCCCGCCUGUUCAAGCGCCCGUGGUCCAAGUAA